AUGGUAAGAAAUCACAUGACUGUAGUAUUACAACACACGAUAUGUUUCUUCUUCCAAGAGUUCAUCAACAUGAAUUCUUUUCUCCAAGCCACAACGCUUUUCAGAAUCGACAUAGCUUCUUUGACCUUCAAAUUUCUGACUCUUGAGGAAAUUGAGGAGAAUUACAUCGCUUAUUUCGUCGGCCAAAAAGGGGAUUCCCAGAUGGAAACUUCUUCUGGUCGUGGUGAUGGAGAUGGGAAACCGCAAAUAGCAGAAGAGGUUAUUGAAGCCAUAGACGAGGAAAAGAGGUCAGUGACUUUCAAGUUGAUUGAAGGAGAUCUCCAAGAGGUAUUAAAGGACUUCAAAGUCAGUUUCCAUGUUGAAACUGAUGGUGACACUGAUUUGAUAACAUGGACUCUUGAGUACAAGAAAUUAAACGACGACGUUGAAGAUCCACUCACUUUGUUGGGACUUUGCAUUAAACUUGCAAAAGAUAUUGAAUCUCACCAUCUUAAGGCACCCUGA